CAUGCGCAGUCACAUUUUUUUCAUUUUCUCUGAGUGCGCUCUUAAACACAGUGAAUUAUUGGCCAAUAAAAUACAGGGGUCGUUGGAUACCUGUUACACAGGCGCGACAUGGGAGAGAUUAAGCUUGUCUCUUAUGGUGACAAGGCUCUCUCUGAAAGAUAUUUUGCAUCAUCUGAAAGCUACUUUAAGCUGCAUUUCUUUAAUCAUUUUCUGUGCCUUUGUAUAGAAAACUAUUUGACACUGAAUGAUUACUCACACAAAUCUAGAUAGAUCUCAUUGAGCACCAAUGGGAAAUAAAAUUAGUUAUCUUGGAAUCAUGGCAGGAAGGAAACGGGUCCCGCAUUGAAAGAAUAGGGUCGAAGAAUAGCCUGCAUAAACAAAAGCUGUGAAGAAUGUCCAUGGAGAGAGAAAGACAGAAGGUUGUGGAAUCCGUGCAACACACGCACCGAGGUGAAAACGAAAUGACCACUUUUAUCCUCGCACGAACAAUAAAUGGGAUUACUAAUAAUCACUGUGAUGUGCGGACUGCAAGUGCGGUCCCCGGGACUGCACGAACAAUUCAAAUUUUCAAUAUUUUAAGCUGCAACGAAGGGGACGGUUUGCAUUAAUAUAAUAUAACAGUAAAGGUAGCAGAAGCAGGGCAGCAGCAUUUCUCCAUGUUCGUCCACUAACUUCUCAGCUCGGACAAUACACGCUGUUUGAGAUGUAUAACGCGUAAUGAUGAACGUUUGUAGUUUCUGUACAGAGAGGACAAUGGUGGGGAAGCUUAGAUAAUUGGUUUCUAUGCCCUACAUUGUAUUGUAUGUGUUCUGAGCUGGGAAGGAGAUGGGGUUGUCUCUGUUUACGGCAGUUGUGUUCUCCCUGAUUGUUUCGAUUUGUUGGGCCGAUCCAAAUGGGGAUGCGAAGGCCCUGCUAGCAAUUAAAUCUGGUGUAAAUGAUCCCUUGGGGUAUUUGAACGAUUGGAAUUCCGAGAAGCCUUGGAGUUUGCAUUGCAGCUGGAAUGGAAUUAAAUGCAAUGCGAAUGGGAUAGUUACAGAGCUUGAUGUUUCUGGUAUGAAUCUCACUGGUCAAAUUUCCAGUGACAUUCAACUGCUGUAUGAGCUUCGAGUCCUCAAAAUUUGCUGCAAUGCCUUUGCCACAGUUUUGCCCGCUUCCAUUGCCAAUCUCACUCAGUUGGUUGUUGUGGAUGUGAGUCAUAAUUUCUUCUUCGGAAAAUUUCCCAGUGGCUUGGAUGGGGCCUCUGGGCUGGUCAACAUUUCUGCUUAUAGCAAUAAUUUCACAGGACCGCUGCCGGAGGAUAUUGGGAGGCUAAAAUGGCUGGAGUAUUUGGAUUUGAGGGGAAGCUACUUUGAUGGCACUAUUCCAAAGUCAUAUGGGGAUCUGAAACGACUCAGAUUUCUGGGUCUAUCAGGCAAUUAUCUGAGCGGAAGGAUUCCGCCGGAAAUUGGCCUGCUGCCACUGCUGGAGAAGCUGAUUAUUGGUUACAAUAGUUUCAAUGGCGGCGUUCCUCUGGAAUUUGGGAACUUGACCAAUCUACAGUACUUAGAUCUGGCCUAUGCUAAUUUGGAGGGCACUAUUCCAAAAGAAUUAGGGCAACUUCAACAUCUCAAUACUCUGUUUCUUUACAGGAAUAAGUUGAGAGGAAAUAUACCUGCAGAAUUUGGGAACAUGACAUCUAUGAUGUCUUUAGACCUGUCUGAUAAUGUUCUUUCAGGCGCCAUUCCAAUUGAAAUUGGCAAGCUAAAGAGAUUAGAGCUGCUGAGUGUUAUGUACAAUAAUCUAAGCGGGCUGAUGCCUGAAAGUAUUGGGGAUCUACCCAAUCUUAAGACGCUGGAGAUAUGGAACAAUUCUUUUAGCGGCUGGCUGCCUCAGCAACUGGGAAGAAAUUCAGUCUUGGAGUGGUUGGAUGCGUCGUCUAAUUCCUUUAGCGGUCCAAUACCUCCGGGGCUCUGUAGCAGAGGCAACCUCACAAAGCUUAUCCUUUUCAACAAUGGCUUCACAGGCCCCAUUCCUGAGGGCUUGACCAGGUGCCCAUCUCUAUGGAGGGUCAGGAUACAUAAUAACAAGCUAGUCGGUCCAGUCCCUGCUGGGUUUGGAAGCCUCCCAAAUCUCACUAGGCUUGAGUUGGCUCACAAUAAUCUCUCUCAUGAAAUACCUCAAGAUCUUGUCCUUUCCCCGAGGCUUUCUUUCAUUGAUCUGUCUUACAACCAGCUACAGGGAGGCCUCCCUUUGGAGAUUUGGAAUAUGUCUAGCUUGCAGAGAUUUUAUUCUUCUCACAACUGUCUCACAGGGGAGAUCCCAGAUCGGUUCCAGAAUUGUACCUACCUAUCCGUCCUAAAUCUGUCUCACAACAACUUUUGGGGAUCUAUUCCAGUGAGCAUUAGAGCCUGCGACAAGCUGGUGGCAUUGGAUUUGAAACAGAAUCAGCUCAACGGGAAUAUCCCAAUUGAGCUUGCAGAAAUGCCGGCCUUGGCCAUAAUAGAUCUCUCCCAAAACUCUCUCACUGGGACCAUUUCAUCAAGAUUUGGAAGCUCUGCAGCACUGGAGCUUUUCAAUGUGUCUUAUAAUAACCUAUCUGGCUCUGUUCCAAUGGAUGGGAUGUUUAGAACAGUGACAGCCGAUAGCUUUGCGGGCAACAGUGAGCUUUGCGGCGGAAUACUGGGCCCCUGCCUAAUUGGUACAAAAUCAAGCAUUUCGAGAAAGGGCAGAGCACAAUUUGGUUGGGCUAUUGGAGUCUUAGUUAUAGUUUGUGUGGGACUUUUUGUAGCGGGUGCCCAUUUUCUGUACAAACACUACCAUAGGUAUAGGGUCAAGUUCAAGGACACAGAAGAGUGGCCCUGGAGGAUGACAGCCUUCCAAAGGCUAAACUUCACCACCAACGACAUAUUGGCCUGUAUAAAAGAAACCAACAUUAUAGGAAUGGGUGCCACUGGUACUGUCUACAGGGCAGAAAUGCCACGGGGAGAGGGCACUGUAGCUGUCAAAAAGCUAUGGAAAACCCACCAAGAUUUAGAAGUCUCAGAUCCCGGCAUUAUAGCGGAGGUGGAAGUGCUGGGAAACCUGAGGCACAGAAACAUACUCAGAUUGUUGGGCUAUUGCUACAACGAUGUGAAUACUCUGCUCAUCUACGAAUACAUGCCCAAUGGAAACCUUGCAGAUGCCCUUCAUGGAAAGGCUGCCCGCAACAAUUUGUUGGCAGAUUGGGUUUCUAGGUAUAACAUUGCUGUUGGAGUUGCUCAGGGACUUUGCUAUCUACAUCACGACUGUUUUCCCAUUGUGAUUCACAGGGACGUAAAGUCCAAUAACAUUCUACUCGAUUGCAAUCUGGAUGCUCGUGUUGCAGACUUUGGGCUCGCCAAGUUUAUACAGAAGAACGAAACCAUGUCAAUGGUUGCAGGUUCCUAUGGAUACAUUGCUCCAGAGUACGCCUACACAUUGAAGGUGGAUGAGAAGAGCGAUAUAUACAGCUUUGGCGUGGUGCUCAUGGAGUUGCUGACUGGAAGAAAACCAGUAGACCAUGAGUUCGGAGAGGCGGGGAAUAUUGUGGAGUGGGUCAGAGAUAAAAUAAGAACCAGCGAAGGAAUGGUGCAGUCACUGGAUUCUAAUAUUGGUGGUGCAUUAUGUAGUCAUGUACAGGAAGAAAUGAUUUUGGUUUUGCGGAUUGCUCUGCUCUGCACCAGUAAAUUCCCCAAGGAUCGACCCUCCAUGAAAGAUGUGGUCACCAUGUUGGCAGAAGCCAAGCCGAGGAGGAAGAGUAGCGCCGCCGCGAAAGAACGGGCUGCAUUUCUCCCGCCUUCGAUUUCAAGCUUGCUGUAAGAGAAGAGAGAAGUUGCAGAUCCGUUCACCAUGAUGAGAAUGAAAUAAAACUUUAUGGAUCUGUAAGAUCUUAGCAUGUAAUUAUUCUUCAAUUUAGUUGUAACUAAUCAAUUCUUUACCAGUUGAGUGUUAAUUUAUUUUGUAAAUAACUUCAUGGCCUAGACUUGAACUCACAAUGUUGUGAGUCUUAGGAGAAGCAGAAUUGCCUUUCUGUGCAGAGUUAUCUAGCAAGGAAGAAGAUCCUUGAACGUGGCUUAAAUGUUUAGGUGCAGUGCUUAGUUGUAAUUUGAAUAACAAAGUUUUUUGAACACUUCCAAA